AUGGUAUUCUUUAGCAUCACUUAUCAGACAAAGCCCACGGUCAUUAAACCUGGUGACCAAGACUUUUUCCGCAUCCUCAACUGCGAAGUAGAGCAUCAACUUCUCAGCUAUAUCUAUGCAGAAGGUUCCACCAACCCGGAGCCCAACCUUCAUCCUCUUGAAGCAGUCACUCGAGUGGCAUCUAUAUGUUAUCUCAAUCACUUCCUGAUUGUCUCACCUUCAUCAUCUGGGUUGGGUCGAGCCCUUACGAAACACCUCAAGACAGCGUUGGAUGGCUGCAAAUUGUCUCUUCUUGUGGCGUUACCAAACCAAACCUUUGGACUUUAUGUUUGGGCAUUAUUCGUCGGAGCCCAAGGUGCCCUUGGUCAGCCUGAGAGACAAUGGUUUGUGGAGCGACUGGCCCGUGUCGCAAUGAUAUGUAAAUGGCAAUCCUGGGAGCAAAUUUCAAAACUUAUGACAGAAUUUUUCUUUGUUGCAGCUUUGGACAGCUUAAAUUGGCGCUCUAUCUGGGAUGAAGCGAUGACUGGGUUUGUUAUAUCGGAGUCGGAAGAACUGGAAUUCUCAUCCCUUCUUGGAACGGGUGCACUCUCCCUUAUUUAG